AUGUCUUCCCAGGUCCACACUCCUGGCCCUGGCCUCUCUUCUUGUCCCCCUAGUGCCCCUUCACUGCUUCUGCCUGCCUUCCCCGGAGCAGCUCUUCUUGUCACUUCAGCCGAUGCCCCAGGAAGCAAGCUGAUUAUCAAGUUGAAAAGAGAAGGACCUAUGGUGGGCGGUGCAGAGGAGAUGCCGCGUACUCAGACUUUCUUUCUGACAGGGAUGCCACUGGGCUGGGCUGCCCAACGCCGGGAUGGACUUCCAGGUCCUGGCGUUCGCACAGUGUUACUGACCAAAGCUGGCGAGGACCCGGGUGGUAGGAAACCAAGAGUGCCAGAGACUGUGCCAUCAGCCCGUGCACCCCCUCCCAGUGACUCCUCCUUUGCUUGUACCUCCAAAGGGGUUUAUGAAAAUUAUCGGCGUUGGCAACGCUACAAGGCUUUGGCAAGGCGUCAUUUCCCGGCCACGCCUGAUGCCGAAGCUCUGGCCUGUUUUUUCAUCCCUGUUCUCCGUUCAUUGGCCCGUCUUCGUCCUGACAUGACCCUGGAGGAUGGGGUUCCUCGUGCCGUGCAAGAGUGGGAGCACAGCAGCAACUUUGAACGGAUGAUCUUCUAUGAGAUGGCAGAAAAGUUCAUGGAGUUUGAAGCAGAAGAAGAACAACAAAUCCAAAAGAUGAAGCUCUUGGCCAACUGCUCCCAGUUCCAAGCCCCAACUCCCAAGCCCACCAAUCCACCUGUGUCCCCUGCUUCUGAGUCUGGGCAACAGCAAGUUUACAUCCCUAAGAAAUCAGCCUCCAAGAGCCGCCAGCCUCGGCGGCGUCAGCGGCGUCCACCAAGCAACUCUGCCCCAGGAGCGCCCAGGGAAAUCCCUGCCGAGGCGGUGCACCAGUAUGCUGAGAUCAUGGAAGGCUUGGACACAAGUUGGGAGGAAGAUGAGGAUGAGAAGAAAGAGCAAGGAACACUCAGAGACCCCCAAGGCCAGGAGGAUGGGGUAUUCGUAGACCCUGCCCUGACACAAUAUAUUGACCAGUUGUGUGACGAUGAAGAAUUUGUCUGUAAGGUGGAAGCUGUCAUCCAUCCACAAUUCAUGGCUCGGUUGCUAUCUCCAGAGAAGAGCCAAGAUCCCUUGGAUCUAGUGGAGGAAUUGGAAGAGGAGCUAAACUUAACACCCAACCAGCUCACUGAGAAGAGGCUCCUGGCACUGACUGAAGAAGAAAGGGAGCCCUCAGUGUACCCUAUUUCUCAUUCUGACUCUACUCCAUCACAGUCUGAGGAAGAGGAUGAGGUCAGCAGCAAUGACAAAGGAGAAGAUGCUUCAUGCCGAACCAUGAAGAGGCCUUCUGGAAACGAGGGUGUUAGAAUCAGUCAGACAGAAUUGCCUGUACCCAUAGUUAUUUCUCCACUGGUAUCUCAUUCGCACCGAUUAGGAAAUAGAGAUUUUCUGUCAAAGGGUUUCAGAACUGCAGCAAGAUCAUCUCUUCAUAAAUAUGGCAAUUAUGAGUCUCAGGAAGGAAAUCCUUUACCCUCUUUGAAGGCUACAGAUGAAGGGGAAACCCAGCAUUUAUUAGGACAGGACCAAGUUAGAGAUCAAAGCAUCAGAAUCUCACCUCAAGUCCAAAGGGUCAAGUCAAAAGCUGCUCCAAACAUAACAGGGAACAGCAUCUUUACUGGAAAACAACGAGGCAACAAGGCAGAGGAAGGAAUUUCAAGGGCCUGUACCCCACAAUAUUCAAAGCAAGAAGGCAGCCAAGAAGUCAAGGUUAAGGGGCAAGUAGAGAUUCCAAAGAUGGCAGAGCAUAGCAGUCAAGUUGUCACAGUACAAUUUCAUAAUGGAGAUCAGCUGGUUUGGAAUAAUAUAGAGUCAGCCAACAAUAAACAUGCAAAACAGUAUGGUACCCAACAAGGUCUAAACAAACCUCAGGCUUUCUGGGACAUAACAGAUAAUGGAUCAAAAGAGAUGGACCAUGAUAAUCAAGACAUGACCGAAAUAUUAUUUGGGGAUCACACAGCAGGAGGAAAUGCUCUGAAGUUGACUCUAAACAGACAGAAAGAAUUGAAUGUUGACAAUGCAGCAAAGGUCAUAGAUCAAUCCCAAGUUCAAAAGGCAGAAUCUGAUGAUACUUCAAAUAAAAAAGAGCUUCGAUGUAAGAACAGGGGGAUAAAACCUCAUCGGGACAACCAUAUGAAACAAAGUAGUCAAGAACGCAUUCAUCAUGCAUGUGAAAAGCAAGAUGGCUGCCAAGGAGAGGUAGUGAAAGAACAAUGCCAAUUGCAGGUUAUUUGGAAAGGGCCAAAAUCUACCUCUACUGUAGCUGCAACUCAUUCUGGGAUUAUUGAUACAUGUUGCCAAAGUUUGACAAAGCAAGACAAUCUAACAUUACUUUCUGCUGGCCCUAAAACUGAACUUGAUAGACCAAAAGCAAAGGUCCAGUCUCAGAAGAAGCCAGAGGUUGGCUGGAAACAGAUAAAUUCCAUAAACAUGAAGGAUAACAGCCCUGCCCAAAAUUCAAAGUUGUCUGCAGCUAAGGUACCAUUACAGAAUCAAUCAGCUUCCAUUAAACAAGGUGGUCAACAGUCAGAUGCCCCAUCUAUAUUGGAAACUGUUCAGGAAGUUGAUUUAAAGUCACAUGCUGAACUCAUUAGAGGAAGUGAACAACUGUUGACCUCAGCUGAUUCUGGUGGGAUAGAGACGUUUGAAGAUCAAAUAUCAGGCACAGACUCUGAGCAUCUCCCAUGUUUCACCUUUUCAGUGUUUACGCCUCCACCUUUGAGGACCCAGAAGGGACCUGAGCGAGGCCAGAAGUCACUCACAGAGCAGUGCAAGAUCACCCCUUUGGUAGAAAACUGCUUAGAUGAGAAGCAGGUGACAAAACACACUCUGAACCCUUCAAAUCCAAAUCCUUUAAGCUUUGUCAUCUCAGACCAAACUGAAGGAGACAGCUGUGGUCCUGAUGGAGAUCAUGCCCCUAUAUCCAUCAGUCCUGGCAAAACAGUCCCAACAUUACCACCACAACACAUUCUCCAAGAUAGCAGCAGCAAUAAUAAUGAUGAACCUACCCAGAGAUACGAAUCUAAUGUUUCUUCCAAAUCCUCCAGUUUAGAGAGCAACACAAAUAACAUAAAUAAGGUGGAAGGGGGAGGCUUACUUGAGAAAGUCAUGUUGGCAAACAUCACACUGCCAGAGCUCCAUGGAACAAUACUGAAAGAUGCCCUGAAAUAUAGUACUAAAGGAGAAGAGGAAGAUGAGGAUGAAGAGCUGUCCAGUUUCUCCUCCAUGCUUGCUUCUAAGCUCAACCUCUCAACCCCUAUUAGCCAUGAUCCUCUUCCAGUGGAGCAAGGGAACUCCCUUCCUUCCUCACCCACAGAUACUGGGAAACAAGGUGCCAAGACAAGACAUUCCACUCGGCGGCAGAUGUCCCACAGGUCCACUACUCUAACAAGCAAAAAUAUGGAAGCCAAUCCAGCUGUUCGUCGUAGCCACAAGAGAAAGAGCAACAGCUCAGGUACUCGGAGGAGCAAACGACUUCGCAAUCAGUAACAUAGCUUUUUUUUUUUUAAAGGAGACUGACUCUUUGAAACUCUGGUAAAGUAUUUAAGUUUCAAUUCCAGCACUGUCAUCUUCAUUACUCUGUGAUUUCAAAGCCCCACCCUUGGAGUGGACCACAAAACAUUACAGAGGAAAAGGGAAAAAAAUGUGAUCAAAUAGUCUUUGGAGGCAGACCUCCUGUGGAAUAGGAGAGCCCCAAUUGUUGACAUUUAUUAGUAAAAUGGGCAUGUCAGAUCAAGCUUGUUCAACUCUAUAAACCUAGCUUUGGAGACUCACUGUCUUCCCUUAUAGCACAGUGGAAAUCCUGUUACUAUUUCUCUUAAUUCUGAACCUAGGUGUUCACCUGCUGAGAGGUUUUGGAAGUGUGAAGAGCUCACCCAAAGAUCAGGAUAAUUUCUGUCAAAUUUGAGGGAUUCCUCAUAGGUAUGCCACAUUAUACAAAUUUCUAAAUCAAGAGAAUUAUAGUUUUAAUAACUAAGUAAAAACAUAAUUCUAUCCUAAGCAAGCUAUUUCCAAGAUUAUGGAAUAUGUAGGGUGUCAUUCAAGUAACAAGAUUAAAAGGAAAGUUAGAGUGGAGGAUGAAGGCUGUGGAUCUACUUAAGUUCCUAAUAGCUUUUAGCAAAAGUUUCCAGAGUAUAGGACUGCAGAAUUUACCUUUUGCAGAAGCUUUUAGAUCUACCAGCAGGACCCCAAGGGUGGAAAAACAUAAUCAUGGGAGGGGAAAGAAUCAUUUUGUUAUUGCUAUUAUAAAACAAUUGGAGAUCAGAAAUACUUGGUUAUCUCCUGACCCAGGGCUCUCCCAGCAUAUC